AACGAAAAAAAAACAUCUGCAAAAAAAAACUAGUAUUGGGUGAAAAUAGUCGUACAUGUGUGGAAAACGUUCGAUUGGAUGAAGAAAAAAAACGAAGCAAUGGGAAAAAAAUGAAUCAAAAAAUUUCGAUCAAAUUAUCUCGUGAAAAUCUAAGCAUUGAUGAAGCGAAAAAAUUCGUAUCAUCACCAAAUUGUGGUGCAAUAUCCAUAUUUAUAGGCACAACACGAAUCAAUGAAAAUGAUUCGACCAAUUGUCAUGUUCAUUCACUUUAUUAUGAAGCAUAUGAUCAAAUGGCAUUGAAUAUGAUGAAUAAAAUAGUGAUGGAUAUAUUAUCCGAACAGAAUGAUGAUGAUCAAUCAAAUAUAAAAGUAUAUGUUCGCCAUAAAAUUGGUCAUGUACCAUUGGGUGAAACAUCGAUUAUUAUUGCCGUAUCAUCACCGCAUCGAUUAGCUGGUCAUCGAAUGGUGAUGGAAAUUUUGAAUAAAAUUAAACAAACUGUACCGAUAUGGAAAAAAAUACAGUUCGAUAGUAAAGAUAUCAUUGAUGGUAAAUGGAGUGAUAAAAGUGAAGCAUUCUGGCUACAGCAAUCAUAAAAUUGAUUUAUUAUUUUUUCAUCUAAGAU